AUGUCGUCCCACGAGGAAGGAAGUGGCGCAGCCAGUGUCCCGGGCGGAGCUGUUUCCACCAACGAAACAAAUAACAAUAUCCCAGAGAUAGUCAUUUCAGUACCACACAGGUACUUCAAUCUCAGCAAUGUCGAUAUAGAGAGACUCGAGUCAUUAGACAAAGCUUUUGAAGGUCAUCAUCAACUCAAACCCACCACCAAACCAUUGAUCCAAAGGGUUCCAUCAACCCUCGGCAUCCCCAAAAGUUUCAUCAAGUAUUUCAAGCCGAGGUUCACAUCAAUCGGACCCAUCCACCACGGUGAUCCUACUCUCCAUGGCUCCGAGCAACUCAAGCUUCUAUUAGCAGCACAUUUCGUGAAGAACAUUGGAGUCGAAAAGGGGGUGUUAUACAACAUGAUCAAGACGGAGAUCGGUAGCUUGAAGAAAUGCUACGAUCCGAAGGUGUUGGAGCCGUAUGAUGAUGAGAAGCUGGCCUGGAUGCUGUUCGUUGACGGAUGUGCAAUCUUACAAGCCAUUUUACAAUACCUUCAUUAUUAUGAAUGUGAUGGAAGUAAAUCGUGGAGUAAAACAAUCGUUAAAACUGAUUUGCAGACAUUCGAGUACUUGGAUCUGUUCUUGUUGGAAAACCAGUUGCCUUACCGUGUUCUCGAGUUGUUAAUCACGAGCUCGAGCAGCAGCAAGGGGGGCUUGUUCAUGAGAUUGAUCGAAAGGUUCAUUGAAGCAAAUUCUGUUUUUAUUCCAGAAGAGAUGGAAGAACAACUGAAGCAGGAAGGAGAGCCAGAUCUGUUUUCCACUUGCGGAUACGAGAUUGGUUUUUUUCCUCGUGGGUUUCGUCCAGCGAAAGAGCUUAGAAAUUCUGGGAUUUGGUUUGAACAAAGUGAAACCAGUCUCCCCACGGACGUAAGUUUCAGCCGCACAGGCUUUCUGGGAAAACUACGGCUACCACCGAUCAGGGUGGACGAGUCGACGAGGCCAAUGUUCAUGAACUUGAUAGCUUACGAAGUGUGCCCGGAUUUCGAAAACGAUUCCACAGUCACAUCGUACAUUUGCCUCCUCGAUUCGCUCAUCAACGAUGCCGUAGAUGUUCAAGUAUUGAGAGAUGAUGAGGUACUCUACAAUGCGCUUGGAAGUGAUGAAGAAGUGGCUAAACUUUUCAACAAGAUGAACCCUGUCCUUGUUUCCAAUCCAGAAAUUUACCUCGACGUGAAACUGCAAAUCGAGGAUCGUUGUGGGAGAAAGUGGAUCAGGCAUGCAGCUCAAGCGUAUCUCACGUAUUUUAGCAGCCCUUGGACCUUUAUAGCAUUUGUGGGCGCCAUUACUGCACUUCUCCUCACUUCUCUUCAGACUUAUUACACCAUUAUUUCAGCCAAUUAAGUCUUCGUUUACUUGUCUCGCAAACCAUUG